AUGAAUCACUAUACGCAUACUCCCCACGAUCUCCUAUUUCCUUGCCCAUCCCUGGAAUCGUUUAAAAUGGCCAACACUCCACAUGGCGGCAUCCUCAAGGACCUUCACAUCAGGGAUGCGGCUCUACAAAAGGAGCUCCUCGAAGAGUCGGAGAAGCUCCCAGACUUGAUCUUGACCGAGCGUCAACUCUGUGAUCUUGAACUCAUUUUGAACGGAGGUUUCAGUCCUCUCGAGGGGUUCCUUAACGAGGAGGACUACAAGUCCGUCGUCGAUACUCUCCGUCUCAAGUCUGGAGUCCUUUUCCCCAUCCCAGUCAACUUUGAUGUCUCCAAAGAGGACAUCGAGCGACUUGGAAUCAAGACUGGUACACGUCUUGCCCUUCGUGAUCCCCGAGACGACAAUGCCCUCGCUAUCCUGACGGUUGAGGAUAUUUAUACUCCCAACAAAGUUAUCGAGGCUGAAAAAGUAUUUGGAGCCGAUGAUCCCGCUCAUCCUGCCGUGUCCUACCUGAGGAAUAAAACCAAGGAAUUUUACUUGGGAGGCAAAGUUCAGGCUAUCCAACCUCCCACCUACUUUGACUACGUUGCACUCCGAUAUACCCCAACAGAACUCCGGACCCACUUCAAGAAACUUGCCUGGCGCAAAGUUGUUGCUUUCCAAACUCGUAACCCAAUGCACAGGGCGCACCGAGAGCUCACUGUCCGUGCUGCUCGACAACGGCAGGCCAACGUGCUCAUUCACCCCGUCGUCGGUCUCACCAAGCCCGGUGACGUAGACCACUAUACCCGAGUCCGAGUAUACCAAGCUCUGAUGCCUAAAUACCCCAACGGAAUGGCCACUCUUGCUCUUCUCCCUCUCGCUAUGCGUAUGGCUGGACCUCGUGAGGCGGUCUGGCAUGCAAUCAUCCGAAAGAAUUUUGGUGCGACACAUUUCAUUGUUGGCCGUGACCAUGCCGGUCCUGGCAAGAACUCCAAGGGCGUGGACUUUUACGGGCCGUACGAUGCCCAAGAGCUCGUCACGAAAUACAAGGAGGAGCUAAACAUCGAGAUGGUUCCCUUCCAACAAAUGACUUAUCUCCCGUCGUCGGAUGAGUAUAUGCCUGUCGACGAAGUCCCCAAGGGCACCCAAACUCUGGAUAUCAGUGGAACUGAGCUUCGAAAACGUCUCAGGACUGGGGCUCCUAUCCCCGACUGGUUCAGCUAUGAAGCUGUUGUUAAAACACUACGUGAAUCCUACCCCCCUCGAACUAAGCAAGGCUUCGUUUUGUUCUUGACCGGACACCACAACUCUGGUCGAUCAGCUAUCGCACGGGCCUUGCAAGUCACUCUCAACCAGCAGGGAGGACGAAGCGUCUCCUUGUUGCUCGGCGAGACAGUCCGUGCUGAACUCUCUUCGGAACUCGGAUUCACACCCGAAGAUCGUCACAAGAACAUCCAGCGUAUUGCAUUUGUUUCUGCCGAACUCUCCCGAGCGGGGGCUGCUGUUAUUGCUGCUCCGAUUGCCCCGUAUAACCACUCCCGCAAAGCCGCUCGUGAUCACGUAGUAAGCACCGCAGGUGCUGGCGGAAACUUCUUCCUUGUCCAUGUCGCGACGCCUCUCGAGCACUGUGAGGCAACGGACCGUCAGGGAGUCUUUAAGCGGGCACGAGCAGGCGAGAUUAAAGGUUUCACUGGUGUCGAUGAUCCAUAUGAAGAGCCCACCGACGCUGAUAUUACCGUCGACACGACUACCCAGACCAUUCCUGAGAUUGUUCACAGUAUUGUGCUCCUGUUGGAGACUAACGGACUGCUUUAG